AGGGAGAAGAUCUGGGCUGGCCCCCCAGCGAUGCUCAGGUGCGGCUGCGGCGGCGCGGCCCCUCUCCGGGCGCUACUGCCGUAUCGGGGCGAUGUGCAGAGGGGCUGAAGCCACCCUCGGGCCGCCCGCUGCCUCCACAAAGCCGCUUUACGGGGAGUCCUCAGAGCAAGGAUUUGCCAGGCCCAGCAAAUUGGAUUCAGCCUUUUUUCUUCACGCUAGCCAUGCUUGAAGGCUGAUGAGACAGCCCGACAGAGAAGCUUACCUGAGGAAACCUACUUCGUUGGGAGGUUCUCAGCCCGGACGCGAAUAUGUUGGUCCACCUCUGGCUUCUCUGUGGUCUGAGCGCUGUGGUGACCCCUCAGGAUGUCACACAACAAGCCCAAAUGUUUCUAGAAGAGUUUAACAGGAGGGCAGAAAAUAUCAGCUAUGAGAGCUCCCUUGCCUCAUGGAACUACAACACCAACAUCACUGAGGAGAAUGCCAGGAAAAUGAAUGAGGCGGCUGCCAAGUGGUCCGCAUUUUAUGUCGAGGCCUCCAGGAACGCCAGCAGCUUCCCAUUAGCCAGUAUCCAGGAUGAUCUCACCAGGCUCCAGAUCCAGGCUCUCCAGGACAGAGGAUCGUCUGUGCUGGAACCGGAAAAAUAUAGCAGACUGAGCACUGUGCUAAAUACAAUGAGUACCAUCUACAGCACUGGGACCGUCUGUAAAAUUGGUGAACCGUCUGAGUGUUUGGUGCUGGAGCCAGGUCUGGAUGCUAUUAUGGCUAACAGCACAGAUUAUCAUGAGAGGCUAUGGGCCUGGGAAGGCUGGAGAGCUGAUGUUGGCAGGAUGAUGAGACCAUUAUACGAAGAGUAUGUUGAACUUAAAAAUGAGGUUGCAAAGCUUAAUAGUUAUUCUGACUACGGAGAUUACUGGAGAGCAAAUUAUGAAGCAGACUAUCCAGAAGCAUACAAAUACAGCCGCGAGCAGCUGGUCAAAGAUGUGGAGAAGACAUUUGAGCAGAUAAAACCUCUGUACAAGCAGCUGCAUGCCUACGUGAGGCACCGGCUGGAGCAGGUCUAUGGCCCCGAGCUGAUCAGCUCCACGGGAUGCCUCCCUGCUCACUUGCUGGGUGAUAUGUGGGGUAGAUUUUGGACAAAUCUGUAUGCCUUGACCGUUCCCUAUCCAGCCAAACCAAACAUUGAUGUAACUUCUGCAAUGGUUCAAAAGGAAUGGGAUGCAGUGAAAAUAUUCAAAGCUGCUGAGGCCUUCUUCACCUCCAUCGGCCUCAAUGCAAUGACUGAGGGCUUCUGGAAUAAUUCUAUGCUCACAGAGCCGACCGACAACAGGAAGGUUGUCUGCCAUCCUACGGCGUGGGAUCUGGGGAAAAAUGACUACAGGAUCAUGAUGUGCACCAAAGUGACCAUGGACGACUUCUUGACCGCGCACCACGAGAUGGGCCACAUCGAGUACGACAUGGCGUACUCUGUGCAGCCCUACCUGCUAAGAGACGGUGCCAACGAGGGCUUCCACGAAGCAGUAGGUGAAAUUAUGUCACUUUCGGCUGCCACUCCUCAGCACUUGAAAUCUCUUGACCUCCUAGAGCCAACUUUCCAAGAGGAUGAAGAAACUGAAAUCAACUUUCUGCUCAAACAAGCGCUAACGAUUGUUGGAACGAUGCCUUUUACUUACAUGCUGGAGAAGUGGAGAUGGAUGGUGUUUAAGGGUGAGAUUACAAAGGAGGAAUGGACAAAGCGGUGGUGGGAGAUGAAGAGAGAAAUAGUUGGUGUUGUUGAACCAGUCCCUCAUGAUGAAACCUACUGCGACCCUGCAGUGCUGUUUCAUGUGGCCAAUGAUUACUCAUUCAUCAGGUAUUACACCCGGACCAUCUAUCAGUUCCAGUUUCAGGAGGCACUUUGUAAGGCAGCUAACCAUACCGGCCCUCUUCACACAUGUGACAUUACCAACUCCAGUGCAGCUGGUCAGAAUUUGAGACAAUUGCUUGAAUUAGGCAGAUCCAAGCCCUGGACUCAAGCACUGGAAAGCGUAACAGGAGAGAAAUACAUGAAUGCAGCACCCUUGCUCCACUACUUCGAACCUUUAUAUAAGUGGCUGCAAAAAAACAAUUCUGGCAGAUACAUUGGUUGGAAGACAGACUGGGCUCCAUAUUCUGGCAAUGCCAUCAAAGUGCGCAUCAGCCUGAAGUCAGCGCUGGGGGACCAGGCGUAUGAAUGGGAUGAAAGCGAGCUCUUCUUGUUCAAGUCAUCCAUUGCCUAUGCCAUGAGAAAAUACUUUGCAGAGAUGAAGAAACAGGAAGUCAACUUUCAGAUUACAGACAUUCAUGUUGGGGAACAGACACAAAGGAUCUCCUUCUACCUUACUGUCAGCAUGCCAGGUAAUAUCAGUGAUACUGUGCCCAAAGCUGACGUGGAAAAUGCCAUCAGGAUGUCUCGGGGACGAAUCAAUGAGGCUUUCAGACUGGGUGAUAACACGCUGGAGUUUGUGGGCAUACUUCCAACCCUGGCCACACCUUAUGAACCGCCAGUCACCGUCUGGUUAAUUAUAUUUGGGGUGGUCAUUAGCCUGGUUGUCAUUGGAGUUAUUGUCUUGAUCAUCACUGGGCAGAGAGAUCGCAAAAAGAGAGCGAGAGAAAGUAGGAGUGAAGCAAGAUCAAACUGUGAAGAGGUGAACCCUUAUGAUGAAGAGGGAAAAAGCAAUAUGGGUUUUGAGCCAUCUGAAGAGACACAAACAUCAUUCUAGGAGAUGUGGGUACACUAAGGGUUUCUGGUUUUCUUCAUUUCACUUUUAACAAUAGUGCCUAGCAAGGACCAAAACACUAUGGAUGUCAUCAAACAUAAUGUCUUCUGGUUGACCAUUAAUCUACUGGUUCAUAGACAACAGCAACUAAAUGUGCUGUUUAUGCGGUAACUAGAAAACAUGCAAAAAAUUGAAGAUAUAUGUCCUGUGGCUUUUCUAUGAAUUAUGCGCAUAAUAUUACGCACUAUUUGUGCUGCUUUUCGUAAGUGUGCUGCAUCCAACUUCUCUUUGUUUUCUCUGUAAUGAGAUACAAAAUCUUGGAAGUAUACAGUUGUAUACAGAUCAGGACAGACAUAAGAAUAACUCACAUACUGCUAAUGGCCAGGAGGAACAUCCUGAUCUUUCCAGAUGGAGACUUCAAAAGUGUAUCUAAUAGACAGUGAGAAAAAAAACCUGACCACCAGAAGAACCUUAGUGAAGAACUCAAUUUGAUAUGAAAUAACUGCAAAUUUUGCACCUUCAGGAAAUCUGUAUCAAUGUAAAAUGGAUACUGGAUGAAGACUAACAAGCACUGGAACUUUGUUAGGAAGUUGUACUCUAAGUUAUUUUUCUAACUGUUUGCUUGAUAAGUACUGUAGAGACCAAAUAGCCCAUGUUCCCUAAAAAAACAAACCAAACCAAAACAAAACCC